UAUCAGCCUAUUCUCACACCUCCCCAUGCAAUCUGGCCUCUUAAAAAUUAUACUCUCUCUUUUCAUCUCCGCCCUUCCACGCCGCCGUCCAUAAUCAUGGAUCGGAACCCUAACCCUAAUCCCCUCCGGCGCUCCACCAGCGGCGGCGGAAGCGGCGGAAUCAUCCUCGAAAAAUAUCAGUUAGGUCAAAUCCUAGGCCGCGGCAGCUUCGCCAAGGUCUACCGUGCCAAAUCAUUGCUCGAUAACGCCAACGUGGCGAUCAAGGUGAUUGAGAAGCCGGCCAUAGCUGACCAGACGGCGGAGAGCUUGCUUGUGCGGGAAGUUUCCGCGAUGAAGCGAUUGAACGCUCAUCCAAAUAUAUUGAAAAUCUUCGAAGUGAUGGCGACGAGGUCGAAGAUUUAUCUCGUGAUGGAGCUCGCGGAAGGCGGGGAGAUGUUUAGUCAGAUUACGAAGCGUGGGAAGAUGAGUGAGGCGAUAGGGAGGAGGUAUUUUCAGGAAUUGAUCUCGGCGCUUAGGUUUUGUCACGGGAAUGGAGUGACGCAUCGUGAUUUGAAGCCGCAGAAUUUGUUAUUGGAUGAGUUUGGGAGGCUGAAGGUGUCGGAUUUCGGGCUCUCGGCGUUGCCGGAGCACGGUAGAGAUGGAUUGUUGUUCACGGCGUGUGGGACGCCGUGUUAUACGGCGCCGGAGGUUGUGAGGAGGAACGGUUAUGACGGUGCGAAAGCGGAUGCGUUUUCGUGUGGGGUGAUUUUGUUUGUGUUCUUGGCGGGGUAUUUGCCGUAUAAUGAUGCGAAUUUGGGGGAAUUGUAUAAGAAGGUGUAUAGGAGGGAUUUUGUGUUUCCGGAUUGGAUUUCGAAGGGGGCGAGGAAUGUGAUAUAUAAGCUGCUUGAUCCGAAUCCGAAUACGAGGAUGACCAUGGAGGGGGUGGUGGGGACGAAUUGGUUUAAGAAGAGUUUGAGGGUUGAGAGUGAGGUGGAUAAUUUGGGGGUUUUGUUGGGGAAGGAGAAUUGUAAGAGUGAUGUUAGUGUGAAUGCUUUUGAUAUAAUUUCAAUGUCUUCGGGGUUGGAUUUGUCGGGGCUUUUUGAGGCGGAUUUGGGGAAGAAGGAGAGGAGGUUUGCGUCGAGGGGGUCGAUGAAGGAUGUGGAGGAAAGGGUGGAGAGAGUGAGUGGGGAAUUGGGGUAUAAGGUUGAGAAAGGGAAGGGGAGGGAGAUGGGAUUGGUGAAAGGGAAGAUGGUGCUUCUGGUUAGGAUUUUGGAGUUGGUUGCGAAAAUGGGAUUGUUGAUGGUGGAAAUGAAGGUUGUUAGUGGUGGCGAUGAGCUUGAUAAGGGCGAUGUUGAUCAGUUAGAAGCUUUGAAAUUAGGACUCGGAGACAUUGCUGUUUCUUGGCAUAAUAAUGACGUGGCUGUCAAUGCUUAAAGUUAAGACAGCGAUACGUUAGUGAUGGUGGUGGCUGUGAGGUGGAGAUUCACAGAUGAUGGUGAGCUUUCUGAUCAUUAGUUCUUUGAUUUGUACAUUCUUGAUAAAGAUGAUCAAGGGCUUGCUUUUGUUUUGUAACUUUGCCGGAGUAUGGUAAAAUGAUGUUUGUUUUUGUA